UUCAACUUCAUUUAAACAUAAAACUUUCAACAGCCUUGUUGCUCUCUCUCUCAGGUCUACUAGUUUGUAUGCAUAUUUAUAUAGAGACACAGAAGACAAGCAAAGAACUUAAGAUGUCGACGGUCGGAAAUUCAACCAAUAUAUUUUGGCAAGAAUCGCCUGUAGGGAAGCUUGAAAGGCAGAAACUCCUUCACCAAAAGAGUUGUGUUGUAUGGAUCACAGGUCUCAGUGGAUCAGGUAAAAGCACACUUGCAUGUUCAUUAAGUAGGGAACUCUUUACAAGGGGAAAUCUAUCUUACGUACUCGACGGAGACAACCUUCGACACGGAUUAAACCAGGAUCUCGGUUUCAAGGCCGAAGAUCGAACAGAAAAUAUACGCAGAGUUGGUGAAGUUGCAAAGCUGUUUGCAGAUGCUGGUUUAAUCUGCAUAGCCAGUCUAAUAUCUCCCUAUAGGAAAGACCGAGAUUCAUGCCGUGCUAUGUUUCCGGAUGCCAACUUUAUAGAGGUUUUCAUGAACAUGCCUCUAACAUUGUGUGAAGAAAGAGACCCGAAAGGCCUUUACAAGCUCGCACGUGCCGGAAAGAUUAAAGGUUUUACAGGCAUAGAUGAUCCUUACGAACCGCCAUUGAACUGUGAGAUCGAAAUAAAGCAGAAAGCCGGAGUUUGUCCGACACCAGGAGCUAUGGUAGGGGAAGUAGUUACGUACUUGGAGGAGAAAGGAUAUCUGCAACAUCAGUAAUGAACUGUCGAAGGCGGUCAUUUUUACAACAUUACUUCUAGGAUUCCAUUUGCCCCUAAGUAUGGUUAGUUGCUUCUAAUUAUAUCAUCUAAAUGAAGAUGGUUUUGUGUUCUAGAGAUAGGGACUAUGUUACUUGAACUCGAUGGUUUCGGGGGUCAGUUUGCUUGCUGCAACUCCAUUUGCCCGAAAGCAUUGUUUGUUGGUACUAAUUACAUCAUCUACUAGUUGUUAUUUUGCAGUUGCCAGGGAUUAGCAACCAUUGUUUUAAUGGAAAUUCCAGAUUCAAGACAUCCAACUUCUUGUAUUCUGGAUAUAAGUUAAUGAACACCAUCCGUGACUUGAUUCCAAGUCUAUUAGGUUUUUAUUUUUCAUGAAAUGGUUACUCAAAAAAACGAUAAACC